AUGCUCAUCUCAGCACUGGCUAGCCUAGCGCUGGCAGCUACGGCAUCCGCGACCAAGCUCUACGUCUCGUCGUACACCGGCAACAUCACAACCCUCGACCUCGCCCACGGCAGCAAUGGCACCCACAAACUCUCCCUCAUCGACAGCACGCCCGGCUGCGCAGCGAACGCCUCCUGGCUGCGCAUCGACAGCAAAAACCGCAACCUAUUCUGCAUCGACGAGGGCAUAGUCUCCGCCAACGGCUCCCUCAACUCCUUCAAAAUCGACGCCCAAGGCGCGCUCAAACAAGUCGAAAAGGGGCUCAAGACCCUCAUCGCACCCGUCAACGCCGCCAUCUUCACCGGCACGAACGGCAGCCAACUAAUGGCCGUCGCGCACUACGCCGACGCCCUCUCGACGUGGCACAUCGACCCCACCACCGCGAAAAUCACCCCUGGCCAGACCUUCAACUUCACCCUCUCACACCCGGGCCCUGCACCGCAGCAAAUCCGCGCGCGACCACACCAAGUGCGCUUAGACCCGACAAACAAAUACUUCGUCGUGCCGGACCUAGGCGCGGACCUUCUCCGAAUCUUCUACAUCAACCCCCUUACACUCGAGAUUUCCUCACGGCCCUCCAUACCCGUAACGCCCGGUUCAGGGCCCCGUCACGGCAUCUUCCACGCCGAGGGCGUGAACAGCACAUUCUACUACCUAGUCAGCGAGAUCGCGAACACUUUGACAGGGUUCAAGAUCAGCUACCUGCCCUCCUAUGGGGGCAUGACGUUCGCGCCCAUAGUCAACACCACGACCACGGGCUCCAAGGCCAACGAUACGACAUUCACCGGCAACGCAGCCGCCGAAAUCGCCAUCACGAACGAUUGCAAGAGCUUGUACGUCAGCAACCGCAACGCCAGCGUCUUCAACAUCGCCAACCCGGAUCCGGACAAGAAGAACACGACGCGCAUACCGUCAGAUUCGUUGGCGACGUUCGAUCUCAACGACGCUACGGGCGGGGUGAAGUUCGCGGGCUUGAGUCCCGCGGGGGGCACGUUUCCGCGGAAUUUUGCGCUGGAUAGGUCGGAUCAGUAUGUUGCUGUCGGCUUGCAGACGAGUGGGCGUGUGGCGGUUUAUGAGCGGGAUUUGAAGACGGGGAGACUGGGGACUGAGUGGGUGGCGGCGGUUGAGGGGUUGGGGAAUGUGACUAGUAUUGUGUGGGGGGAUAGGUUGGCAUGA